UUUGUUUUGGGGGGGGGGGGAUUUCUGAAAAUCUACAAGAAAAUAAAAUGAUGGAAAUUCAGUCAAGGAUCCACCCUGAUAUUCCAGAAAAUGGAGAACUACCUCCCAUGGAGGACACCCGCAAUUUUGUGCCUGAUGAAAGUGGGGGAGAGGAUGAAAAGCCAGUAUCAAACUUACAGAGACGACGCAGUGAUGUCAAAGUGUACAAAGAAAUCUGUGACUUCUAUGCCCGGUUCAACAUGGCGAAUGCUCUGGCAAAUGCAAUGUGCGAGCGCUGUCGAUCUGGCUUCGCCCCAGCUGAAAAGAUAGUGAACAGUAAUGGAGAGCUGUACCACGAGCAGUGUUUUGUGUGUGCUCAGUGCUUCCAGCAGUUUCCAGAGGGACUAUUCUAUGAGUUUGAGGGGAGGAAGUACUGUGAACAUGAUUUCCAAAUGCUCUUCGCCCCUUGCUGCCAUCAGUGUGGCGAGUUCAUCAUUGGCCGUGUUAUCAAGGCAAUGAAUAAUAGCUGGCACCCUGAAUGCUUUCGCUGUGAUAUCUGUCAGAAUGUCCUGGCAGACAUUGGUUUUGUGAAGAACGCAGGGAGACACCUGUGUCGUCCUUGUCACAAUCGAGAAAAAGCCAGAGGACUGGGAAAGUACAUUUGCCAAAAGUGUCAUGCCAUUAUUGAUGAGCAACCUCUGAUAUUUAAGAAUGAUCCUUACCACCCCGAUCACUUCAACUGUGCCAACUGCGGAAAAGAGCUCACAGCUGAUGCCCGUGAGCUGAAAGGAGAGCUGUACUGCUUACCCUGCCAUGAUAAAAUGGGGGUUCCUAUCUGUGGAGCCUGCAGGAGGCCAAUUGAAGGUCGUGUGGUUAACGCUAUGGGAAAGCAAUGGCAUGUGGAGCAUUUUGUUUGUGCUAAAUGUGAGAAGCCUUUCCUUGGCCAUCGCCACUAUGAGAGAAAAGGACUGGCUUACUGCGAGACUCAUUAUAACCAGCUCUUUGGAGAUGUUUGCUUUCACUGCAACCGUGUCAUUGAAGGUGAUGUUGUGUCUGCCCUGAACAAGGCCUGGUGUGUGAACUGCUUUGCAUGUUCUACCUGCAACACAAAGUUAACUCUCAAGAACAAGUUUGUUGAAUUUGACAUGAAGCCGGUCUGUAAGAAGUGCUAUGAGAAGUUCCCUCUGGAGUUAAAGAAAAGGCUCAAGAAGCUCUCGGAAACCCUAGCAAGAAAAUAAGCAUUUGCUCUCUGUGCGGAAAACGGAGUUGGCAGCGAGCAGCGUACGAUGUGCUAAUCUACAGAGAAUACAUCCUACUUGACUUUGUUCUGUUCACUGAGGCUGUUCCCCGCACUAACCUUCACUGCAACAUAUUUAUCUGCAUGAAAACUGCAUUAAACUACCAUGCACAGGCUAUUUAUCUUUCACCUUGCCUUCUGAAAAGCAUACUGCUUUGUUGCUUUUGUGGUACUUGCCUUACUUUGCCCCACAGCUAACAUUUCACAGCAGAUGGAACAAAAGAAAAUAUUCCAUUCUGUAUUUCUUAUAGUCUGGAAGUCUGACGUGCGGUUUAAUUUUCCUGUGUGUAGAACAGCAUUACUCAUUUAUAACACUGCAUAUCUCUGUUCUUCAUGGAGCUGACUGGGAACAGAACAGUAUGUUACUGUGGAGAACAGAGUAACAAAAAUAAGUUCUGUUCACACUCGAGGGCUAGCAUUUGCCAAAGUCACUAGAAACCACGUCACUUUGCCUGAAGAAAGCUCACAAUUCAUUUUGCAGUUGCAUGUAGACAGUAAGACAAAAGAAUAUCAUAUAUUUCAUUGUAGCAGUGCACACAGGUUCAGUCAGUUAUUGUAGAACCUCUAGUUUCCUUAUUGCCUACAUACACUAGACCUUACGUAGCAGGAUACAUCACAAAUGGUCGUAUGGAGGGAAAGUAUAUGCUAUGAUGCAGAAACUGUUGGCUCGUUCUUGUACAGCAACUCGAGCGUUAAAAAUGGUCCAAAUAGAUACCCUAGAACUGCCAAGCAUGCUGUAUUUUUUUCCUAGGAAGCAUGAAAUCUGACUAGUCUGGACUUAACUUGCACAACCAAUGCAGAACUAGUGCCUUUAUCCAUGUGAGGUAGAAAGCAAAUGAAUCUCUACUCACCCAGAGUAUUAUCUUAAAAGGGAAUCAUGAAAUUUCAUUUAUGCAUAACAACAUUGAGGAUUACUUGAAUUUUGCUCUUGUGUUAUGUGAUUUGUUUCAUAUGGUGCAUUUGUCAAUCUCAUUCAUAGCUUAAUGUUUGUUUUGUGCCUUAAACUUUCAUGUAAGCCUAACAUUAGACUUGUAUUCACUUAUGUAUUUAAACAUGUAUGGGAACUGUAGCUUUUUAUGAUGAUCUAUACUAUGCAGUAAACAGUGCAUUCCCAAAGCAGUGUGCUUUUACCUUGAACAUAUGAAGUAUUUUAUUGCAAAUUAUCAACGUACUUAUGGUUCUAUGUAGUCAUGAAUUUAUAUAUAAUGCCUAAUCUAUAUUGCUCACUUUUUACAGAGUUUUGCCACUUUUUGCAAGAUGUUAAAACAUUCGUAAUGGAAAAAAAACCUUAAAUAUUCAUAUAAUGGCAGCCGAUCUCUCUCCAGGUAUGGGCUUGGAAGGUUGUAUUGAGGCUUGGCGUUCAACAACAUUCUGCCAAAACUUGCCUUAGCCUACAGUAUUAAGGAAAUCUAUACAAAAAAUGUCUUACACACUGAUCUUUUUAUCGUCUUGCUCUUUAAAACAAACUUUUUCAAAAGAACUCAGGUUCUAGUAUGGCAACUAUAUAUAUUCUGUAAAUUUUUUACAAAUCUGUUAAUAAAAACUAUACACUUAAAGUAAUAA